AUGUCAGUUCGUCCAGAUCUUCACCAGCACUAUGUGCAGGCCUGCCAAAACGUGGGCCAACCUGAAAACCCCUUCAUUGCUCAUGUGCUUCAGGAAGCUGAUAAAAAUGAUAAAAUCAGAUGGACAAAAGGGAUCACAUUAAAAAUAGCUGGAAAUAAUCACCUAGUGCCUGUGCAGAGAGUUACAGAUGACGAUCUUCAAGUUCUUGCCUCUGUCUUACGCAGUACUGUAGUUGUCACCGGUUUGGAUCUUAGGUGUAAUGUAUUGACUGAUGCUGGAGCAGAGCACAUGGCAACAUUCCUCCAGGAAAACUCCACUCUGCGGUACCUUAACCUGAUGUUUAACGAUAUUGGCACAAGUGGAGCAGAGCUGAUAGCGAGGGCACUCCACAGGAAUGAAACUCUUGAGUAUUUAAGAAUGACUGGAAACAAAAUAGGAAACAAAGGUGGAAUGUUCUUUGCUUCAAUGCUACAAAUGAAUUCGACCCUAGAGAAGCUGGAUCUUGGAGACUGUGAUAUGGGUACGCAGUGUCUAAUCGCAAUAGCAACAGCCCUGACUCAGAACAAAUCAGUCAAAGCAAUAAACCUAAAUCGUCCUUUACUAUACAGCGAAGAGGAAGAGACCACAGUUCAUGUAGCUCUGAUGUUGAAAAAUAACUCUUCUCUUGUGGAGCUGCACUUGUGCAAGCAUGAAAUGAAAAACUUUGGUGUGGAGCGACUGUGUGAGGCAUUGUAUGAAAACUCCAGCCUGAGAUAUCUUGAUCUUAGCUGUAAUAAAAUAACCCAUGAUGGUGUGAAAUUUUUGGCAGAACUACUAAAACAGAACCAAACCCUGCAAAUCCUGGAUCUUAAUGCAAACCGACUAGAGGAUGAUGGAGCCAUCUACCUGAGUGAAGCCUUGGCUUUGAACAACAGGACUCUUCAGGCGUUGUCAGUAGUAAGCAACAAUAUAAGUGGCAAAGGACUUGUAGCUCUUUCAGAUGCAAUGAAAACAAACAUGGAACUUUCCUAUAUUUACAUUUGGGGGAACAAAUUUGAUGAAGCCACCUGUAUAGCAUUUUCAGAAUUAAUUCAGACGGGCCGUUUGAAACCUAAUUGUACUGACGUGGAACCGUAUGAAGUGGAUGGGCACCUUCACCUUGCAGAGCUCUCCCAUGGCCUUAAGAAGCAUUACUACUGGACACCAAGUUGUGGAGAGGUGACGAACACAGAUGCCAAUGCCAGUCUGGCAAUUGCAGCGGUUUCAGAAUACUUGUGA